AGAGACUGGCCCGCUCGGUCUGUUACUAAUGCAAACCGAAUACUUCCUGGCCUUCAGAUCUGCCAUGAAGCUGGUCUGCUUGAACAAAAAGCCCGACGUCUGCCUUGCCUCCGACUCUUGGGAGGCGAGCCUCGCCCUUCUCGUCAUCAGGAGAACAUGCCGGACACAACGGACCAAAUGCGACCUCAUUGGCGAGCCUCAAUAAAGCCACCCGCGGGGCCAAUACCCAAUCGUACGGCAGAGAGUCGACUUAGCGUUUGAAGUGUCAACAUCCCUGCGACGGUCUCGAAGCAAGCUUUUUCGCUCCCGAACACGAACCCAUUUUCAAGAAACCUGACUAGAGGAAUCCACCACCAGGGAAGGGCCAGGUUCGGCGGGUGCCUCCCCGCCGUAUGACUAUUCACACUUCUCCGCAUCGAUUCCCUCAAAGGAGACAUGGACAACGCUGAAGAUGUAUCCGAAGGAUUAUCCGACAACCGACGCAUAGGGAUCUGCAUUCUCUUUCCAAAGCCGGAAGGGGGUUUACGUUGAAGCGGGGAAAGAAACAGGAAUUUGCCCGCACAGCUUCGAUAUAUUCCCCAGGCUGGGAGUCAUACAAAUGCCAUGGGGCAAAGUCUUAAGGGCUCACCUCUCCUCCUCAUAUUCGCUGACCCUGUGGGCGGGAAAAGUAUUCAACACGUUUGACAGACAGCGCCAGCAAGACUGCUUGUCCUCAUCUGACAAACCCACAGCUCGCAUUUCACCACCAUGAAACGCUUCUGGGGCCUUCGUGGGCGCUGGCUGAACGCCGCCAUCUGGGCCUUGGCCAUGUUCGCCGUCAUGAUCUUUGGGUACAACCAAGCCGUGGCCGGCGGAGUCCUCACCACGACCUCCUUCAACAAGCAGUUCCCCAAGAUGGACGUUAUUGACACCACGGGUGCGCAAAAGCAUUACAACUCCACCAUCCAGGGUAAGCUGUUUGCCAUCAUUGAUCAUGCUGUCUCGUCUUACCUGGGAACCAACCACUCACUCUCUCAGGCACCGUCAUCGCUCUCUACACCCUGUGUGGCACCUUUGGGGCUCUGGCAUGCACUUUCCUCGGCGACGUCCUCGGACGACGAGGCACGAUCUUCCUGGCCACCGCAGUCCAGAUGGUCGGCGCCAUCCUGAUGGCGACCUCGUUUUCCUUUGCGCAGUUUAUUGUUUCUCGCAUCGUCGUGGGGCUGGGCACCGGCGGUAUCAUCGCAACCGUCUCGGUCUGGCAAUCCGAGCUUUCCAAGGCUGAGAGCCGCGGCGAACACGUCUCGGCCUUUGGCAUAUUCUGCGGCCUCGGCCUGGUGCUGGCUCUGUGGAUCGACUUCGGGUUCUCCUACUACUCCGGGUCAAUCUCAUGGCGGUUCCCAUUCGCAUUUGAAAUCGUCCUCUCGGUCAUCGUCAUGACCUUCAUCUUCACCCUGCCCGAAUCUCCUCGCUGGCUGAUAAAGAUGAACCGCGUCGAGGAGGCACGGGACAUCAUCGGACUUCUAUACAACGUUGAUGCACACGACGAUGAGGUGCAGAAGGAGAUUCGCGACAUCCAGUCGGCUCUCGAGCUCGCUGGGACGGUGUCCCUCAAGGCUUUGUUCAGGAUGGGACCUCAGAGGACGUUUCACCGAGUCGUGCUGGCCGCAUGCGUGCAGAUCUUCCUUCAAAUGACUGGUGUCAACGCAAUCACAUAUUACGCCUCGUCCAUCUACGAAUCCGACCUGCACUUUGACGCGACACUCUCUCGGAUCCUCGCGGCGGCAUCCCAGUUCGCCAUCAUCCUGGGCUCGUGCCUGUGUUCGUGGACGGUGGACCGCUUCGGGCGGCGGAAGCUGAUGCUGUUCAGCUCGAGCAGCAUGGCGGUGUGCAUGGCGUGCCUGACGGGCCUGGUGUCGAACCCCAACGACAGCGGGGCGCUCAAGGCGGCCGUCUUCUUCCUGUACCUGUACUACGUGGUGUACACGGUGGGGUUCCUGGGGAUCCCGUUCCUGUACGCGUCCGAGAUCGCGCCGGCGCACCUGCGCGCGGCCGUGUGCGGCAUCUCGACGGCCGUGUCGUGGCUGUUCAACUUCCUGGUCGCCGAGGUCACGCCCGUGGCCUUCACGGACAUCGGGUACCAGUACUUCAUCGUGUACGCGGCGCUGAACGCGGCCUUCGUGCCCAUCAUCUUCCUCUUCUUCCCCGAGACCGCGGGCCGCAGCCUCGAGGAGCUGGACGAGAUCUUCGCCGCCUCCAAGUCCAUCUUCGAUCCCGUCCGCGUCGCCCGCAGCCUGCCCCGCCGCCACCUCGACGAGUUCCUGCGCCAGGAGGGACAGACCGUCAUCCAGGUCGAGCCCAAGGGCUCCUCCUCCGGCGACGGCGACGGCGAGGGCGUCCAGCACGUGGAGAAUCCGGAGAAUGUAGAUCCCCGGGCCACGGAGAAGGGCGAGGUGUGAUUUCAGGGGGGACUACGUAACGCCCCCCCCCCGGCUGGCGGAGAAGGUGGAAGAU